AUGUUCCGCUUGCCCCCAACACUCGACGCAUCCCCUAUCUUCUCUGCUAAGAAGCUUGUAAAUACGAAUCAGGCUCGUCGUGCCUUUGCCGCCGAACUUGUCUCACACCUAAGACAGCAUGGCUUCGCCCGUCUGCGUAACUACGGCGUUGCUCCGCAGACUAUUAGGGUGCUGUUCAAUUAUCAUUAUCUUUUUUUCAAUCUAUCUCUUCCUGCUAAACUUAGUGUUCGCCAUCCCGGUGGCGAGGCCCCGGAAAGAGGAUACUCGUCAUGGGCUUAUGAAAAGACCGCUAUAGUGCGGCCCGAUCUUCAUGACGCCCCGAACCUAAAUGCAGUUUCCUCCUUUCGUUCACGCCAGAUCGAUGUCUCUACUAGAUCUCCUAAUGCACAGCUUCUGGACGCCCAUGAGAAAUUUGCUAUUGGCCAUCCUAGAGAUUUUUCCUUCCCCACGCCUCAGCUUGCCGAAACUCUGCUACCAGGUUUCAAUGGCGCAACCCGAGGCGCAUAUCUGAAGAUAAUGAAAGCAUGCAAUAUGUUACUCGCCGCGAUCGAGCUAGGCCUUAACGUCCCUCUAGGAACCCUCAACCCGCCCGGAACCAGUGGGACUGGGACUGAGCUGAACCUAAAUUUCCAUCCGGAGGUUGCGCGGGACAUGACUGAUGGUGGUGAUGUGUCCAUGCGCCGCAUCCGGCCGCACUCAGACCUCGGGGUUAUAAGCGCAGUCUUCCAGGAUGGCGUCAGUGCGUCAGGGCUUGAGCUUGAGGUGCGCGGAUUGAGUGAGGGCCGCUGUGAAUUCGCUCCCGUAUUCGUGGAGCGGGAAGGUGAUGUCGUACUUCUGGUGUCGGACACUCUAGAGCGCUGGACAAAUGGACACUUGCGCGCUGCUUUGCAUCGUGUCGGUCUACCACCUGAGACCGGGACGUCGCGCAUACCGGAACGAAGGUCAGCCAUCAUGUUCUUCCGGCCGCCGCCGACUGCAGAUAUAGGUCCUAAGUUGCAAUUUGUAUCGUCUGAUAAUCCGGCUCGUUAUGAACAUAUUACUGCUGGAGACUAUCUGAGACUCAAUAAAAAGAAGCAUUAUUAG